GAACAAACUUGCUGCAGGCGGAUUGGCGGCCGGGAGCUCUCGAGCUGGGACGUUGUAUUUAUUAAUUUAUAUUCCGCGGCGCCCGGCGCGGGCCGCUCCUUUGUGUCCGGCCGCCGACGCCGGAGCUCCGGGGCCUCGGCCGGGAGCGCGUCCCCCCGCGUCCGCCCGACCCCCGGGGCCGGCACGUGCUGCGCCCGGUCCGCCGAGGGGGCGGAGGCCCAGAUCUCCCCGACCCCCCCGCGCCCGGCUCUCUGCCGGGAGGAGGAGGAGCAGCGGCAGCAGCAGCGGGAGGCGACAGCUGCCGGCCGAGGAGGCGCGGCGGGGAGGGGACUGCGGUCGGCGGCGUCCACUCGGGGCUGCGCGGCGGCCCCACGCCCGGCGAUGUUCCGGGGCGCUCCCUGAGUGGCGGCAGCGCGCCCCCCGCCCGCUCGCCCGCUCGCCCGCUCGCCCGCCCGGCCCCCACGCCCCCGGCUUGCUCGCUGGCUGGCGCGGCCCCGGCCCCGCUCUGCGUCGGCCCCGCCGCGGUGGAGGCGCGUGAGGGGGACGCGGCCGGGGAUGAGCGGAUUGCGGGUGAACUCGCCGCCCGGGGGCCACGCCAGGCUGUGAGCCGCUGCUUUUCUCCGAGUCGCCGCCCUGCCCUUGGAUUUGAAAUCAUGUCCAUCCACAUCGUGGCGCUGGGGAACGAAGGGGACGCGUUCCACCAGGACAACCGGCCGUCGGGGCUCAUCCGCACUUACCUGGGGAGGAGCCCUCUGGUCUCGGGGGACGAGAGCAGCUUGUUGCUGAACGCGGCCAGCACGGUCGCGCGUCCCGUGUUCACCGAGUAUCAGGCCAGUGCGUUUGGGAAUGUCAAGCUGGUGGUCCACGACUGUCCCGUCUGGGACAUAUUUGACAGUGAUUGGUACACUUCUCGAAAUCUAAUUGGGGGUGCCGACAUCAUUGUGAUCAAAUACAACGUUAAUGACAAGUUUUCAUUCCAUGAAGUAAAGGAUAAUUAUAUUCCGGUGAUAAAAAGAGCAUUAAAUUCAGUUCCAGUAAUUAUUGCUGCUGUUGGUACCAGACAAAAUGAAGAAUUACCUUGUACAUGCCCACUAUGUACGUCAGACAGGGGGAGCUGUGUUAGUACAACCGAAGGGAUCCAACUUGCGAAAGAACUAGGAGCGACCUAUCUUGAACUCCACAGCCUUGAUGACUUCUACAUAGGAAAGUAUUUUGGAGGUGUGUUGGAGUAUUUUAUGAUCCAAGCCUUAAAUCAGAAGACAAGUGAAAAAAUGAAGAAAAGAAAAAUCAGCAACUCGUUUCAUGGAAUUAGACCACCUCAACUUGAGCAACCAGAAAAAAUGCCUGUCUUAAAGGCUGAAGCAUCACACUAUAACUCUGACUUAAAUAACUUGCUGUUCUGCUGCCAGUGUGUGGACGUGGUAUUUUACAACCCCGAUUUAAAAGAAGUUAUAGAGGCUCACAAGAUUGUUCUCUGCGCUGUAAGCCAUGUUUUCAUGCUGCUUUUCAGUGUGAAGAGUCCCACUGACAUUCAGGAUUCCAGUAUCAUCCGAACUACCCAGGAUCUCUUUGCUAUAAACAGAGAUACUGCAUUUCCAGGUGCUAGCCAGGAAUCUUCAGGCAACCCACCAUUACGAGUCAUUGUUAAAGACGCCCUCUUCUGUUCUUGUUUAUCAGACAUUCUUCGCUUCAUUUAUUCAGGUGCUUUUCAGUGGGAAGAAUUGGAAGAAGAUAUCAGGAAGAAGUUGAAAGAUUCUGGGGAUGUUUCAAAUGUAAUUGAGAAAGUUAAAUGUAUUUUAAAAACACCAGGAAAGAUUAAUUGCCUAAGGAAUUGCAAAACCUAUCAAGCCAGAAAACCUCUGUGGUUUUAUAGCACUUCCCUCAAGUUUUUCCUUAAUAAGCCGAUGCUUGCCGAUGUUGUCUUUGAAAUUCAAGGUGCAACAGUGCCAGCCCACAGGGCCAUCCUGGUGGCCCGUUGUGAAGUGAUGGCGGCCAUGUUUAAUGGUAACUACAUGGAAGCAAAGAGUGUCCUGAUUCCUGUUUAUGGUGUUUCCAAAGAGACUUUCUUGUCGUUUUUAGAAUACCUAUACACAGACUCCUGCUGCCCAGCUGGCAUAUUCCAGGCCAUGUGUCUCCUGAUCUGUGCCGAGAUGUACCAAGUGUCCAGACUGCAGCACAUCUGUGAGCUGUUCAUCAUUACCCAGCUGCAAAGCAUGCCAAGCAGGGAACUGGCAUCCAUGAACCUUGAUAUAGUUGACCUGCUCAAAAAGGCCAAGUUUCACCACUCUGAUUGCCUUUCAACCUGGCUACUUCAUUUCAUUGCUACUAACUACCUCAUCUUCAGUCAAAAGCCUGAAUUUCAGGAUCUUUCAGUGGAAGAACGCAGUUUUGUUGAAAAGCACAGAUGGCCAUCGAAUAUGUACUUGAAGCAGCUUGCGGAAUACAGGAAGUAUAUUCACUCCCGGAAAUGUCGUUGCUUAGUAAUGUAACUUGGAGCUUUUAUAUACUACAUUUCUUUUUUAUUAUUAUGAAGAAUCCAGGUUCCAGUAAAAUUCUUUUGACCGAAACCAAUGUGGGUGUUAGAAAAAUUACCAUGUAGCUUAAUAUAUUUAUUAGUUCUCUUUGGAAAAAACUACCAUUGUGGUCUUAAAAGGGAACAAAAUAUACCAUAGGCUAAAACUAAGGCUUUCACUCUAGACUAUAAAGCUGUUUUACAAUUGUAUUUUCCCUUAAAGAUGUCCUCUUGCUUUAGUGAUAUUUAGACCCCUGUCAGUUAAGAAAUGCUUAAAUU